AUGACCGCCGUCCUGUCUUCCAGAUUCUCGGACUCGACCAUCGCGUCGGCGUCUUCGAGCUUCAGCCGACUCUCCUCGGCGAGCAGCGUGUCGUCUGUCGAGGACCUGCUGCUUCCGUCCCUGGAUGCUAUUCCCAAACCCCCACCGCGCACCUCGUCCAUCACUAUCAACAGCACCAAGACGUACAGCGAGCGACGUGAACGUAAGAAACCCGCUCCUCUGCAACUCGUGAGCUCAAGUCGCCCGAUGCGCUAUACAGCUGCCUCCACCAACUCAAUCAGCGACGACGGCUACUACAGCUGCAAAGAAGAUCUGCGCCGAUCCGGCACUCGAGCCGCGUGCUUUUGCGGAGCUGAUGUGCGUCCCAGCACCAGCAGCACCACAUCGUCUUCCACCGAGAUCUACUGCUCUCGCAAGUGUGCCAGGCAGGACGCCCUUUAUGCCCUCGAGGGCCGCUCGCCGACAAUGUCUUACCUCUCUGCCUCGUCCUCGGACAUCGAGGAGGACGAGGACUUCCCUGUAACGCCGACCAAUGCCUUCGUGCCCGCCACGCCACGCGCACCCAUUGCCAAGGGUCGCACGCUCGAGCUCCGUGACCGUCCCUCGCUCAUGAAGAAGAUGACAGGUAUUGGAGCAAGUCACUAUCGGAGGAUGGAGGCUCUCGGCCUCUACGAUGCCGACUCGACGCCAACGCGCCCGUCAACGUCGAAUCCAUUGAUGGACCCCAUCGACCUCAUGGUCGCACACUCGCCCAAGAGCAAGUCGGUCUCUUCGCUUGCCUCAUCGAGUGACGAUGAAGACUUCGACUUUGACCCCCGAAAAACGCUUUUCUUCCCUGUGCCUAUCUAUAUGGGCGCUUCCACCCAGCCCUGA